AUGGAGACCGUUCAGUUCACUGAGGUUAUGGUUCUGACGGAGUUGUUGAGUCUAAAGGAAUUCAAAUCACCAGGUGCCGAUGAGAGUCCGGCGAAGAUUUUGAAGGAACUCGCCGGUGUGUUGGCUAAGCCACUCUCUAUGCUUUUCCAUACAUCCUUCGAGGCCGGAUAUCUGCCACCCGACUGGAAGUCGGCGUGGAUUACGCCGCUGUACAAGGGCGGAAGUCGGGUCUCUGCAAACAAUUACAGACCUGUCAGCCUCACCUCCAUUUGCUGUAAGAUUAUGGAGAGGAUAAUAAAGCAACAAUUAAUGCGGUUCCUUGAACAAAACCAUCUGCCUUCCGAUUCCCGGCACGGAUUCCGCAAAGGCAGAUCCUGUGUAACAAACUUGCUCUACUGUCUGGAACACUGGACUAGGGCUGUGGAUAUGGUGCACGCCAUCUAUAUCGACUUUAAAAAGGCCUUCGACAGCGUGCCUCACCACCGCCUUCUAUACAAACUCAGCCGUGCAGGAGUGCGAGGUAAGCUUCUGGUGUGGAUUCGAAGUUUUUUACUCGGCCGCUCUCAAGCCGUCCACGUCGGUGAGCAGCAAUCUGCCGAGGUUGGCGUUAGGAAUGGUGUUCCCCAAGGCUCUGUUCUUGGCCCUACACUGUUCCCCGUAUACGUCAACGAACGCGUAAACGAACUGGAUUGCGAUGUCGCAAUGUUUACCGAUGACAUAAAGAUUUGGAGUACCAUACGAAGCGAAGUUGACGAGGCGCGACUGCAGACAAAUCGGGACCACCUCGAGCAAUGGUCGAAAGUCUGGCUUCUACCGUCCAACGUAAACAAGUGUAACUUCCUACACGUCGGCGGAACCAGUUCUCCUAACCACACGGUCUACCGUCUGACUGGCGAACCACUGCAAGAAGUCGACGCGUAG